UAGCAUAGAUUAUAGAUCUAUAUAUGCCAGUGAAUUUACUUUUCGUAACUCUAAAAAUUAGCACUCGGUUUCGUGUCAACAAACAUGGCUAAUAAAGAUGAAAAGGAUAAUAAUGCACAAACUGCAGCAAAUCCAUUGUCAAGAAAACUUAAUAAAAUUUUGGAAACUCGGCUUGAUAAUGAUAAGGAGAUGCUGGAAGCUCUGAAAGCUUUGUCAAUAUUUUUUACUGAGAAUAAUUUACGCAGCCGCAGGAACUUAAGAAGUGAUAUAGAAAAAAGAAGCCUUGCUAUUAAUGAAGAGUUUUUAUCAGCAUUCCAAGCAGUGAAAGAGCAACUUGACAGUGUAUAUUCUGAUGUUCAGGCUAUGAAUGAAUGUUGUCAAGAUAUGACAAAUCGUCUUAAGGCAGCUAAAGCCAAAACUCACCACCUUAUUUCUCAAACCACUUCACUGCACAAUGAAAGUCAAAAACUACAGUUGAGAGAGCAGGUGGCUAAUGCUUUUCUGGAGAAAUUUCAACUUAAGCCUGAUGAAAUAAAAAUUCUUCGCGGCACUAGAGAUGGAGGAUUGCAUGCUGAUUUUUUUAAAGCUCUAGCCAAGGUGAAACAGAUUCACAGUGACUGUAAAUUUCUUCUACGCACAAAUCAUCAAACAGCAGGGUUGGAGAUAAUGGAGUCCAUGGCCUUACACCAAGAGUCUGCAUAUGAAAGAUUAUACAGAUGGACCCAAAAUCAGUGUCGUCAGGUGACUCAAGACACCCCUGAUGUCAGUUAUCUCUUAUGUCAAGCAGUGGAAGCUCUACAGGAUAGACCUGUGCUCUUAAAAUAUUCUUUGGAUGAAUUCGGAAAGGCAAGAAGAAGUGCUGUAGUUCGAGGAUUCAUUGACGCACUAACUCGUGGAGGUCCAGGUGGCACCCCAAGACCCAUAGAGCUUCAUUCCCAUGAUCCACUUCGUUAUGUUGGUGACAUGUUGGCAUGGCUCCACCAAUCAUCUGCUUCAGAAAAAGAAUAUCUUCAGUCCCUUGUGAAAAACUGUUCUGCUAAUGUAAUACAGUUGGAAGAAAUAUUAGGCAAUAUAACAGAGGGUGUUUGUACACCAUUUAAGGUUCGAGUUGAACAAGUGUUGGUUUCUGAGCAGGACCCAGUUAUAUUAUACAAGCUGGACAAUUUGUUGAAGUUUUAUCACCACACUAUCACCCAAAUUAUUAGCAGCGAGGCGGCUUUGUUGACAACUGUGGCAGAAAUACAAGAUUUGAGUCAUCGCAUGUUCUUCAACAGUCUCACCAGCCACGCUAAUAGAUUGUUGGAUAAAGUUGAGCUUCCCCCUCCUGACCUAGGUGCUACAUCAUCCCUGACUCAGACCUUACAGUUACUACGAGAUGUCUUGGCAUGUCAUGAUGCUUCAGUUGUUAGAAUUGAUGAUAAGAAACAAGAUUACAAACAGAUCCUGGCCUGUGUUAUCGACCCACUUCUCCAGAUGUGUUCAGUGUCAGCCAGUAGACUGAAUGCUGUGGAUAUGGCUGCCUACAUGGUUAACUCUAUCCACCUGAUGAACACAACCUUGUCCCUGUAUGAGUUUACUGAUGCCAGGCUGGAAAUGUUGAAUGCUCAGACUGAGGCUCACUUAGAUACUCUGGUCAGUGAACAAGCGUCCUAUAUUCUGAACAGAGUUGGACUGGCACAGAUGUAUGGCUCCAUACAACAACACAGGCCUGAGCAUGGCCCACUAUCCUCAAUAUCUGGUCUGGAUGAGAUUGCCAUUAAAUCAGCCAUGAACAAGUUUGACAGUUACCUGGCGCAACCAGACAGCCUGACUUUGCCACAGUGCAGCCUUAUUCUUAGCUCAACUGUCAGGGCAUCUGCCAAGAAAAGAUCAGUAGAGUUGGUGUGUCAAGCCUACAAACAAAUUUACAAUGCCAUCAUUGACCCAAAGAAUAACUACAGGGAUGGCCAGAACAUAGUCCCUAGAACUCCAGAACAAGUGGUUCAUUUAUUAAUGUGAUUUAGCUGAAGUAUUCAAUUUCUUUGUAAAUAGUGUUUGCUAUAUAUGUUUAUGAUUUAGUUUUUUUUAAAUGACAAUUAUAUUGAAACUUUUUUAUAGGUAGCAUUUCAAAUUGUUUCUGAUCAGCUUUUGUGUUGUUGUUUUUUCUAAACUACUAUUUUGUUGACCUUAAAAUUUUGUCUUCAUUAAAUGUUUGCUAAUGUUGUUGAUAUAUGUAAAAAAUCGUGGGCCAUCAGUUUCAAUAUUGGUGAUAUACAGUGUAUUUAUUUAAUAAAAAUAUUACAAUAUU